AUGCACUUUCAAGAUGACCAGGCUGAGCCAACCCAAGAAGAAAAGGAAACAACGCGGUUAAUUCUCAAACACACAGACCGCGACUCACUCGGUGUCCUCACCGCAGACGCCGCUCGGGUCAUCCCACCGUUGGUCCAUCUCUCCCAAUCGACAUUCGCAUCCCUAUGGAAGAUAGUCGACACAGAAAACGCUGGAUUCCUCAGCUUCAAGCAGAUUUCACAACUCGUCCGGCUCAUUGGCUACGCACAGACCGACGAGCCCAAUAUAUCCCGCACGCUCCUGCGUAAACCCGGACCGACAUGUCGCAUAGACGGCUGGACAGUUCCCCUCGGUAAGAAGUUUGAGAAACCGUGCAGUGAAGAAGAGGAAAUACUCGUCAAGGCUAUUAUGAGAGAAAGCGACCCAGAGGGUCUGGGGAUCAUCGAAGGGCUCAAGGCGAAACCAUUGCUCAGACGAUCAGGACUACCAAAUGAAACCCUUGCACGGAUUUGGGAAAUCGUCGACGAGUCGAAGCGCGGCUUUCUUGUCGCAGAUGACCUCAAGCGUAUCCUUCGACUCAUUAGCUGCGCCCAACGCAAUCUCCCUUUACACUCUCGACAGUACGAGAACCCCUGCCCUUUACCGGACCUUGACGACAGUUUCGCAAACGAUGCGGUCAUCCGUCCUCCAAUAACACCACUAUCAAACGGCCCACCUGCCUUUCCUGUUCCCGCACUCACAUCACCGAAUACAUUCGUUUUGCCCACCAAUCAUAACCGGUCCAUCUCUUUGCCGACCAGGCCACCCAACGAUCCUCUGCCCGAGUUGACGGACAAGCAAAAAAAGGCGUUCAUCAAAAUAUUCGACCGACAGCAACCUGUCAACGGUCUCAUCACGGGUGAACAAGGUCGCACAAUCUUCAAUCGAUCCAAACUUCCUCCGGUCAUCCUGGGACAGAUUUGGGAGCUUGCAGAUACAGAAUCUAAGGGCUCAUUGACACGUUCUCAGUUCAUUAUCGCCAUGUAUCUCAUCAAGCUGGUCAUGGACCAAAAGACGACCCAGCUUCCGGCCUCUAUCCCCGACUGGCUUCGUGUAGAAGCGACAAAGGAGCCAAAGGCUACACCUACACCUACCGUAACGGUAUACGCUCCACCGGAGGGACCGCCACCAAAUCAUGGACGCAGCCUAUCCCAGCCGGCCUCGAGACCUCAGCUCUCCAUCCUCGACUGGGACAACGAGGCACUCAACGUGCCGACGCGAGCAGCAUCAUCUUCUCCUCCACGAGGGAUGCCCUCGCCGUCCCCACCUGCUCAAUACCUUGCUGACUAUCUCAACCGCCCAGUCCCGCCCCCUCCACUUCCCCAACGAUUAAGCAGCGACGAGGCUCCUCCUCCGUAUGCAGAAUUUGAACGGCCAAGCGUCGUCUCUUAG